AAGGUGGAACUCUCUUCACAUCUCACGCCACUGCAUCAGCAUUCCGCACCAAUUUGCCGUGAAAAUGGACAUUUCAUUUGUGUUCCGGCUUGUACAAUUGCCGAGUUAUUGGCUGCCAACUUUGGUGAAAGGUUUCUGCUGGCACCUUUUCACAGACGGGCCCGACCUGUCUGUCUGCGUGUUGCUGUGACGACGGUUGGCGCUCGUCGUUUCAGACGAGACGAAAACCAGAGUUGUAAAGGACUGCAAAGUCGGCCGGCGGAUCACGCAGCCGGUUUCGGCAAUUACCAAAUCUGCUCGCAGAUGCCCGCCUCACGCCAUCUUCUUCGUCCACACUCCCUCCGUCCGCCCGACACCCACUCGGGCACUUGGGCACUUGGGCAGUCGGGCCGACGCGCAGGAGUUGUUGGUAGAUUGGCUCGGCGGGUGGCCAGCCCGAACCGGCUCUUUGAGGCGUCCUCUUCGCCGGCCAUCGUCGAAACUCUCUGGGGGCCUUGA